UUUGUCUUUUGGGCUUAGGCCCUACUUUAGAAGAAAAAACCAAAAAGUAAUUGGCUUAUGGUGUUUUAAGAAACACAUAGGACCUGUGACAUGACCCUACAACCAUGGAUACAGACAAAACAAAGGCAUAACAAAAACAAAACUAUCUUCUUCUCUGUAUUAGCUUAGCACUACUUAUCACUCACCUCACCUACCUACCUUCUGUGUUACUCACGCACGCAAACAUUUCAUUUUACAAAACAAACAUUUCAUUUUCAGUUUAAUAAUAAUACUGGCUAUUCCAACCAUGGAAGCUUUCACCUUGCUCAAAUACUGGAAACCAACUCAAGAAACACUUCAACCCACCACACUUCCUGAAAUUGCUACUACUGAAGAAGAAGAAGACAUCCAAAUUACCACUGAUGAAGAAGAAGAAGAAGAAGAUGAGCCUUACUUUGACUUACACUUCACUGUACCUGAAGAAGAAGAUGAAGAACAAGAACAACCAGAAGAAGAACUAGUAGAAGCUAAUGAGUCUGAUAGUGAAUUCAGGUUUACUAUUUCACCUGCAACCAAUGAGAAAGUUCAAUUGGAACUUGAUUCCUCUCAACCUAACUCUAAGCCACAGUUUACAGCUUCAUUCUUCAAAUCUGCAACCAAGUUCCGUGUUUUCAUGUUGGGUCUCAACAAAUCCAAAUCCUCUACUGCUCAAAAUCCUAACCAACAACAACCAGAGUUGCAGAAGAAGAAGCUCUUCACUGUCAAAUUCAAGGUGGAUGAAGUUCCAUUUGUUUCUUUCUUCACUAGAGAUAACAGUUCCAAAGGAAAAACUGCUACUGAUGAUAAAGUUUCUUCAAAGGAAAAGAAGCAAGACAACACUGAAGAAGAAUCACAGUUACAUUCACCUUCUUCUGAGGACAAAAUGAGUUUCUCAAAAGAAGUAAUGCAAAAGUAUUUGAAAAAAGUUAAGCCUCUCUAUGUAAAAGUUUCUCGUAAGUAUGCUGAGAAGCUAAGAUUUUCCGGCCAGCUAAAUACGUCGCCGGUGAAGAAACCGGCGACGGAGAAGGUUGAGACGGAAGUAGAUACUACUAAGAAUGGGGGAAAAGAUGUAAAAUGUCAGAAACAGGGGACUCUGCCUCUGCCUGCAGGGUUGAGAGUUGUGUGCAAACGUUUAGGGAAGAGCCGUUCGGCAUCGUCGGCAACGCCUUCGCCGGAUGCGACAACAGUGUCGUCGUCAUCGCGGCGGCGAGAUGAUUCAAUUGUGCAACAACAAGAUGGAAUUCAGAGUGCCAUUUUGCAUUGUAAAAGCUCAUUCAAUGCUUCUAAAGAAUGUGGGUCUUCUUCUGAGAUUGAAACGAUGAAGAAAAGUUGCUUGCAAAAUGAGUUGGGAAGUUGAGGGAGGGUCCUUGAAUUGAACUGUUUGUUUAUAGUACAACAGUAAGGCACGGUGAAUGCGUUACGUUUUGAAAUGUCCCCAGUGAGUAGUUAUGGUGUACGUACAAAGUAGUAAAAUGUUACUUACUCCUAGUAAUAGUAUCGUACUAGGCUAUAGCUGGCUUCUUUAAUCAGAGUUAAUAUGAGCAUGAGCAUGUAUUUAUUGUAGACGUGAAAAUGUUGGGUUGUACUACUACUAGGGGGCAACGUUGUGGCUAUUGCAGGUCACAGUAACUGUUUUCCCAUGAAGGAUGUAGUAAUAGUAAUCCUAGAGUUUAUUUUGUUUACUAAA